UGAUACCAUAAUGUUCAGUGCAUUGGCGCAUUCAUAUUCUACAGCGCGGAUAGCUUGACCGCAGUGGGUUUUGCAUCGUGAGCUAUGGCACGAGCGUUUCCGCAAAAGUAAUCUGAGAAGACCGAGGUUAGAAAUUGGUUAAAAUGGGCUGCACACUUCUGCUUGCGUGAAAGUCGUUACAUGGAAUGUACUGGUGAAAAGUUAUACGGCAGAUGGGGAAGCAGACAAAGAGGAAAAAAUGUAAACGACAGUCUGUUUUAACAUAAUACUGUCUCUUGCCAUCGCAACGGGAUCUAUCUUAAGAUAUCGACUGAAGAAGUGCCACAAACGUGGUACAAUUCUCCAAGAAAGCGCCACGUGCAAAUUGCCCCUCCGCCCACUCCGCUUCCCUUCAUUGAAUGGGGCUCCGUUGUUUCAUCGCCCCCAACGCGUUCAAAGGACGUCAGACUGAAAAUCCUUAUACGGAUUGACCAUGCCUGUAUCUUUGAUGCGGGGCCAGGAUCUGAUCUAUGCUGCCAUGCCCAUCAAUGUGGGACUGAAGUUCUACAGAUGGAGAGGACUGUAGAUGCGUUUGCCAGUCGCCAGCCUCGGUUGUUUGAUGGGGAGACCAUAAUUGGAAACAUGUAUGGAGCCAGCACAUACACUUGCAAGAUUAUGUGAUGAAGUCGAGACUGACAGACGGGCUUGACACUGAUGUCUCUAAAUGGAGAGACCUGGCACUCGGCAUUAAAAUGAUUUGCUAUGUCCAGUUUCCUGGGUGUGAGUGUUUGGUUCUUGCUCGUCCUUCACUAUGUGGCUGCAGUGAUGGACUGCCACCCGGGUUGUCGCUGUGAAGUCGAGAGCUUCGGCCUGUUCGACAGCUUCAGCCUGACCAGGGUCGACUGUAGUGGGGUGGGCCGUGGUCAUGGCCUGGUGGUCCCCAUCUCCAUCCCCCUGGACACCUCCUCCCUGGACCUGUCCUCCAGCGCCAUCCACACCAUCGCUGACUCCAUGCUCUCUGGGCCGGGCUACACCACGCUGGCCAGCCUGGACCUCAGCAACAACCUCCUCUCCAGGCUCAACAGCAGCAUCUUCUCCAGGCUGCGCUACCUGGAGACCUUGGACCUGAGCCACAACACCCUGGAGGAGCUAGCCCCCGGCUGCUUCUCUGGCUUGCCCCUGGCCGAGGUGGACCUGAGCGGCAACAGGCUCCAGGAGGUCAGCCUGGAGGUCUUUUCCAACAAGGGCCACGGUGCAAGACCUCUCAAUGUGGACCUGUCUAACAACCUGCUGAACACUGUCACAACUAGGGAUCCACAGGUGCUAAGCCCUCCUAACAUUCAGAGCCUCAGUCUGGCAGGGAAUCGUCUGAGGGCCGUGCCCAAGCUGCAGGGCCUCCCUCUGAGGUCUCUGAGCCUGGACGGCAACCCCAUCCUCAGCAUCGAAAGGCACAGCUUCACAGGGCUAAGGGAUCUGGCUUACCUGUCUCUCAGUGGGUUGUCUGAGCUCACCUCCAUCCAGCUCCAAAGUUUCAGUGAGCUGAGCAGCCUGCAGGUCCUGGACCUGUCCCACAACAGCAGGCUGAGACCACUUAACCCUGAGGUGUUUAGCGGACUGGCUGCCUUACAGGAGCUCAACCUGUCCAACUCAGGGGUGGUGUCUCUGCCCAGCAACAUUCUCCACCUCCUGCCCAGCAUCAAAAGCAUCGUUCUCAGGGAGAAGGUAAACUGUUGGAAGACCCAUAGACAGGUGCAGUUCCACAGACAGAUAGGACAGUCAACAAGGGGGGAGGAAUUGACCUGUGAUGUCAUAGGAAUUGUUUUAUGAGUCUGCCGGCCUUAACAGGUUGGUCAAAAUGAAGAAGGUGGAGAAGCAGUGAGAGCCUCACAGUGAAACCAGCUUAUACAGUAAUCACUAUAUUUCAAAAUUCAGUCCUCAGAUUUGUGCAUCAUCAUCAAGGGUUGCACUCAUUUUCAAAAUAUAGCUUUUGUUCCACUGCUUCAAGGGAGUGUGCAAUAAAAUAACAGUGUAGAACAGUGGCCAUGGGCUAAUAAAUUAUGCUGGCAACUGAACUAAUCAUCUUGAUAACAUGACGACGCGUGACGAUUUACAAGGACAAAGUCAGAAAUGAUUACCUGCACUUGUUUUGCAGUUUUCAAUCCCUUUUCUAUUUUUGAAUUAAUUCAACUGAACUAAAUAAUGACAACUCAUACAGUGUUAUGACGCAUUAAUGUCCGACUAAUAAUGUAAUGAACCGUUUUAGAGGGCGUCAUAUUGUUAAACAUUACAACAAUUUCUGCUGGCAGAUAAUACCUUUUGAUUACUUGACAAUUUUCUUUUUUUAUAACAUUAGAAAUAUGUUUUUGCAACAUUUUCUACAGUAUUGCCUUGGACAUAUGUUGUGUAUAUGAAGUCUGUCAACUAUUGUUAAUGACUGAAACAGAGACAUGUAUUUUCAAUAAAAUGGAUGCAACACAA